AUGCCGUCGUUGCAACACUGCUCGUCGAGACCCCGCUCGCCAUCGCCGUCUCCAUCACGGACCCGAUCCCGAUCCAAGUCUCAGACAGUCCGGACCGCCGCCGGCGCCGAUCCCGAAGCGACGGCCGGUGCCCAUGUCAUCGACUACGAGACACUGGGCCGCCAGCGCCCUGCCGCCUUCCACAACCUCUGGUCCGAGCUGGGCUUCUGUUUCGCCCUGCUCGGCUCCAUGCUGAUGUCCGAAUUCUUCAUCUCGGGCUUCCACAUCAUCCUGCCGCCGCUCGCCGUCGAGCUCGACAUCCCCAAGGCCUCCCAGACCUGGCCCUCGAGCGUCUUCUCCCUCAUCACCGGUGCCUUUCUGCUGCCCUUUGGCCGCCUCGGCGACAUGUACGGAGGCUACCUCGUCUUCAACGCCGGCCUCAUCUGGAUGCUCCUCUGGUGCCUCGUCGCCGGCUUCAGCCAAAACUACAUCAUGCUCAUCGUCUGCCGCGCCCUGCAGGGCCUGGGUUGCGCCGCCUUUCUGCCCGCCGGCAUCAUGCUGCUCGGCAAGACCUACCGCCCCGGCCCCCGCAAGAACCUCAUCUUCGCCAUCUACGGCGCCUUUGCGCCCCUCGGCUUCUUCUUCGGCAUCCUCUUCGGUGGCAUCGCCGGCGAGGCCUUGACCUGGCGCUGGUACUUCUUCCUCGGCACCAUCAUCCUCGCCGUCGUCUGCGUCGCCGCCGUCGUCUGCGUGCCGCUCAGCGACGUUACCCUGCGCCCGCCCACCGGCCUGCGCAUGGACUGGUGGGGCUUCGCCACCAUUGUGCCGGGCCUCAUCCUCGUCGUCUACGCCAUCACCGACAGCUCCCAGGCGCCUGGCGGCUGGGCGAGCCCGCGCAUCCUCGUCACCCUCCUCCUCGGCGUCCUGCUGCUCGCUGCCGCCUGGUACGUCGAGGCCCGCGUCGCCUCGAACCCGCUGCUGCCGGCCGACCUCUUCACGAACCCCUACAUGCGCGUCCUCGUCGUCGCCCUCUUCUUCGGCUACGGCACCUUUGGCCUCUUCCUCUUCUACUCGACCUUUUACAUUGAGCUCGUCGUCGGCAAGCCGCCCCUGCUGACGGCCCUCUGGUACGUGCCCAUGAUUGUCGGCGGCCUCGUCAUCGGCACCGUCGGCGGCUUCACGUUGCACCUGCUGCCGGGCCGUGUCCUGCUGAUCCUCGCCGGCCUCGGCAACCUCGUCUGCGUGCUGCUCUUCGCCCUCAUGCCCGCCGACCCCAACUACUGGGCCUGGGUCUUCCCCGCCAUGAUCGCCGCCACCAUCGGCAUCGAUAUCACCUUUACCGUCAGCAACGUCUUCAUCACGACCAACCUGCCCGCGCGCCGCCAGGGCCUCGCCGGCGCCCUCAUCAACAGCACCCUCUUCCUCGGCAUGAGCUUCUUCCUCGGCAUGGGUGACGUCGCCGUCGGCCAAACGAGCUACAAGCCGCUCAAGGACAACUACCAGGUCGCCUUCUUCCUGUCCGUCGCCACGGCUGUCGUCGCCCUGCUCCUCUUUGCCUUUAUCCGCAUCGGCCACGCCAAGAGCGACCUGACACUCGAGGAGCGCGAGGCCAUGGAGAAGCAGCGCCGGGCCGGCGAACCCGAUGUCUCGGCAGGUGGCGACGAGGAGUCGGAAGACAGCAGCGGUGUUGCGGUGCCGGCGCCGAUGCCAACACCGACCGAAAGGCGCUCUGCCUUUCUAGAUGGUGAAGACGAGAAGGCGCCAGCUGCUCCGCGCCAGGGGUUGGGAGAGACGGUGUAG